GUCUUAACAAUUGAAAAACAAACGACUGGCCCAUAACUGUCGCAUCAUUUUUCUACGUAGAGGGAAAUCUGGUAGGCUGAUGCUUUCAUAGCAGGUCAACAGCCAUAAUACAAACGGUAGGUUAAUGUACAGUGUCGCCAAACUGUAAGAGUAAUGGAGAUGGAGAUUCGCUCUGACAAAUACGUUCGACACAACAUGCCGAGUGGCUUUGUGCAGAGCUUUGGGGAAUCAGUCCGGCGCAGUCUUAAGGGAAUUGAAAUAAUGGAUAAGUUUCCUGGAGAUGUCGGUACUUUACUUACAACAAACUUCCGAGUGUUCUGGUAUUCUGAGACCAACACUGGUCGUAAUGUAUCUAUUGGCUUUGAGAAAGUGAUUGCAGUUGGAAGACAGAAAAUAUAUUGUGGUGAACCAGAUGAAACACAAGUGUUGCGUUUACUCACAUAUGAUAGCCCAUUCCACAGAGAAUAUGUGUUCAAAAAUGCUAAUGAUGUGUAUAAUGUAGAUCAUAUUAAAGUACUUCCGGAUAUUUUUAGGGCAUACACCUCUACAAGAUCCUACCGCGAUGUUCUGUAUAACUCUGACAUCAUUGAAAACAGGCAACUAAGAGUUCUACCAUACGAGCAAAUUUUUGGUAAUGUGGAUGGAGUGUGGAACCUGAAUUAUGUUGAGAAACCAUGUGGUACAUUUGUCCUAUCAAAUAUUCGAUUUAUUUGGUUUGCUGAUGAAAAUGAAACAAACAAUUUAUCUGUGCCAUUUCUGUGUGUUGAAAAAGUUGCUGUUGUACCAACAGAAUAUGGACAUGCAUUUCAUAUAGAAGUUAUAGAUGAGGGUAAAGUAUAUGGAUGGAGAUUUAAGACAGAGCCUGAAGAGAAGCAACAGUUUCUUUUAGGAAAUUUGUGUGGCCACCUUGUUCAGUUCAAGGAACAUCCAUUUGUAGGAUUUUAAAAUAAAUGCAUUUUGUGUGCAGGUUAUGUUGCUUUCCUGUUAUAUCACACACCAAAAUUAUAUAUGACCAUUGUGUGUAGUUUUGAGCAACAAAUACAUUCUGGUAUCUUCCGUUUUUUGCAUUCACUUAAGUUACAAAGUAUUAUUUAAAGUACAUCUGUCUAUGAGUGUUAUUUGAAAAUUCAUCUAAUUUUUUAGCUCUGUGCCUCCAGUGUGAGAUAUAAUAACACUUGCGUGCUCCAACAGUAGCUUUCAACAGAUUAAUUGUAUGUUUGUUGUUUUGUUAUUUUUUUUCCAAAGUUAUCUUUAAGGUUUCUUAUGAUAUUGUAAUUGCUGACACAUUUUUAUGAAUAUGUGAUUAAAUUUUUAUGAGCAAAUAAAUGGGAACAGGUUAUUGACACUUUGAUGAUUGUACUAGUGUUUAAUAUGCAGUGAGCUAUGAUAUUUAUGGAUUUAAAAAGGCCAUUAUUGAUGCACAUGAUUUUCUUGUAGCUUACCAUGUAGCAGCAGGUUAAUUGGGGACACCCUUUUUUCGGUACACUACAUAAAUUUACUUACUUUUAAAGAAUUAUCAUGUA